UAGAAAAUUACAAUAAGCACACAUAUAUAAAUAAAGAGUGUAAUCGCAUUGACCAUGAAGUUUUGAAUAAACCAUCUUUGUUUUUCAAGAUGACAAUACAAAAAGGAGAAAAGUCGUCCAAGCACGAUUUCGCGGAGAUUUGGAACAUGUGAACGCUUAACAUAUCAAGGAAAAAUACUGGCGAAUUUAAGAAAAACGCCUUUUAGCAUUCAACCAAAUAUCGAAUAUAAAUUUAAUUAUUUAGUAUCGCCUCAUUUACCAACGCCUAAAAGUGUUUCAAAAUGGCUAAGUGAGGAAGCAGAUUUCACGAAAUCUUUGAAUGAAACAGAUAGUGCACUUACAAAGAUCCAUCGCAAAAGGUUUAAAAGUGUACUCAAAUUUUGGAGUAAAUUAAAAAUUCGGAAAGACUCGAAGAAGCGACUGAAUAAAAAUUCUGUAACCUCUAGUUUGAGUCUUCGUCAUGCCGCGGAAACGAUGAAUACACAAGUUCGAAAUGAAAUUCCAAAAACAAAGAAAUCUAUCUCGUCUCGGCAAAACAGUGCUAGAACUAAACAGAAUACUAACGUCAAACCAGUUAUCGCAUACGACUACGAUGCGGCUAUCAGCCAACCUGACGUACCAAAUUUUUUGGGGCAAAAAUUUAAUACCGGCUUACCCAUACGAAAGAAAGGUCUUUACACACGCGGGAAAAAUAAAUUGUCGACUAAGAAAAAUACGGAAAAUGUGUCACAAGCAACUUCUAUUUCGAAAUCUCAAAACAAGGAAGAUGAAGUCAAUAGUAUUCCUGUUGAAGAGGGAACUGCGGAAAACGAAACUACUUCUACCGAGGGCGAAUCGACACCAAUCUUUUCCAAGAAAAACUUUGCAAAGGAUGAUACACAGGAGGAUUCACAGAGAGACAGCUCUGAAGAUAAAAACAGAAGCGAAAAUGAAAAGAAUCUUGACAGUAUAAGUCCUAGGUCAACAACUUCGCAAAAAAAGGAUAGUAAAAUUCCACGAGCAAAAGUAAUAAAAUCACCAGUCGUUGUUCAAAUAUCUCGUAAUGAUUCGGUCAAGCGAUUAUCUCUAACAAGCUCAAAAAAAUCAUUUGAUUCGAUUUCGCAUAAAAAGGAAGUCUUAAAGGCACACGCUUAUCCAAAAUUCGUUUCAAGCAAGCAACAAAACUCAUGUACAUUUCUGAACGAUAAACAUGAGCCAAAUGACGAAACGAUCAUUACAGAAACAUCUCCUGCUAUCAUCGGUAGUGCUAGUGAUCCAUCAACCUUCACAGUUUUACAAAGAUUAAAACAAAGCCACAACUAUCGAUCUUGCGACGAUUGUAAUCCAGAAUCGAGCUGUCGAGAUAUUGAUGACACGUUGAGCGAAUCAAGGAGUUCACCGGAAAGACGAUAUAUUUCGAGCAAGUGGAGAAGAUCUUUGAAACAUCGCAAGUAUAUCGACACAAGCUCCGACGAUUUCGAUGUAUCGUCAGAUUAUAGUUCUCAAAGCAGUGAGAAGAAAAUAAAAAAUCAUAAAGACUUUCACAGUUCAGUGGCACCGUUAACAAAAGUCUCUUUGACAACUAAAUCAUCGUCAAGAACUAAAAAUCGUCGUGGAAGUACAUUUUCUUUUUUUAACACUCUUUUCGAUAUUGUUUUUUGGCCGUUUCUUUUUCUCAAGUCGGAUCGAUAG